ACUCAGUCGAUUCUGAUAAGUUAAGCUUGGCAGACCUUGACAGGGACAAUAAGGAUUAGUCAACCGUAAUCAUGACUCAGUUAUUUUGGUUACUGCCCAUGAGAAUGGUGUUGUUAUUUCAAAGGGCCUGAGCGAUGGCUAGGAAUCACGUUUUGUUGUUAGGGCUUUUUUUACAGCUGGUUUUUCUUAUUCACUCGAGGUGAGAAUUUUCAUUCCUAUUUCCUUUCAGGUGCCAGUGUUUUUACACGUGAUUUGUGAUUCCAUGCAUGACCCCUUACUUCCGCUGAGAAAGCGAAAUCUCUGAAUACUCGUAGAUACAUGCAACAUGGCUUUGUUGUAAUAUUUAUUUACCUCUCUCUCUGUUUGUGCUUUGAUUUUGUACAUUCAGUCCCAUGAGGAAAGAAGCACGGCUUAUAAUAUAAAGCGCGAAAGUGCUGGCAGAAUUGUUUCGUUUUCGAUUUGGAUUUGAAUCAGAUGGAAUUUGAAAUACAACUUUAAGAAAAUUAGAUUUGUUUUGUUAAACUAUAGAAGUAAACUUCUCCUUGCUUGUGGAUCUAAAUAAAUUGUCGAUCUAUUGCAGUGAUUUCUAGCGAAUACGAUACAUUUACGAGAAAUAAAAUGGUAAACAAUUAUCUUAUUCAUCGCUCCUCAUUUGUUGUUUACGUCUGCAGAAUAUUCAAAGUAUUUUAUUUAGAAACCAGUCUCUGCUUGUUUAGUUAUUGCACUUUUUCAGAAAUAUAUAGUAGUUUACACGAAAGGAGACGUGUUUCCAACAGAUUUGUUACAAAUUUAUCAUAAAUUUCAGUUUAAAAUAGAGUUCGGAAAAAUUUGUUCUGCUCUACCUCCCAACUCAAAUAAGUGUCCUGAAAGGAAGAAAAUGUGUCACAUAUCAUGGGUCAAAACUAUAUAACUCCUAAGGAGGAACAAAAUCAUUAACUUCCUAUGGAAACAAAGACUUGAACUUUUGCCUUGCAUGUGAUCAGGUCAUGCACCUUAAAACUACGGCAAAUUUGUGUACCAGCCUGCCUCAAGAAAAUAUUUUUGAAGUCAAAGCAGCUAAAUGCAUUCAAAAACGAAGUGAAAAAUACAUUUGGAAAAUUUUAAUUGGUGGUGUAUAAUAUGAAAAAGGUGUUUUCCUGAAUAUUACAAUUUCUGUUACUUCAAACCUAUUAUCUGCUAUUCCUUGACUAUGACCAGAGAUCAGUAUUGGACUAUGUUUAUGCUUUGACUACUGAAGGCUCCAUUUCAAUGGAAGAAAGUGAUCUUCCUGUUGCAUUAAAACGAGGAGCCACUCUAAUCUCACAGUGUUUGCAUUUAGAAUUCUUGAAUUUUUAGCAUUUUUGAUAUAUAGAUUUUUUAAUUUACAUUUGGGAUUUCUAACAUUUUACAAUGAAGUUGCUAAGUGACACGUACCCUUGUAUAAUUUGUUCUAUUUUGAGUGGAGGGAUAACAAUACUUCUACCUCCAUAGGGAAAAAGUAAGUUUUGUUUCCCUGGAAACCUUCAGUAUUCUACAGGGCAAAGCCUAGAGGAACAGUCAGGGUGUCUGGGAAACAAAACUUGCCAUUUCCCUUCGGGCUAGUUGUUCAAUGUCUACUGUCAGAUUUUUUUGGUGUAAAAGGAAAUAAAAGACAAUUGUUAAGGUAAUGGGGUUUUCCCAUUGUCAUACUGACCUUGAGUGUGGAAUCAGUGUUAUCUUUUGUCACAAACUUAAUGAUCUAGAUUAAUUUCACUGGCCAGUAAAGCAAGCACAAAGAACUGAAUAGAUUUUGUUUCAAAUACCUAUUUUUAAUUAAUUGCUCAUUGGAAUUUAUUUCUUUACAGUGAACAGUUUGAAGAUCCUUUACAGCAGCAUAUUUUAAAUAAUGAGGAUGGUAACCAUGAAUUGAGUGCAUUGGUAAGGAAUGAUAACUUUCAGUAUCUGAGAAAAUGCGCUUAUAUACACCCCUUGCUUAAUCCAACAGUGGUCAACUGAUAAUAAGAUAGGUUAAUUUUGUGUUAAGAGAGGGGUAGGUGUGCAGUUAUCCAGAUACUAACAUUUAUCCAAGACUCUUUUUUACAUUAUAUUUCCAUUUUUUUGAUAUUUUUGUUAUUUUAUAUUGUUGUUGUUUUUUUUUUUAAACAGGAAUUUCAAAAAAUCUUAUUUGAAUAUGAUAAGGAUGGAGAUGGAGAACUGUCAGGACAGGAAAUGUCAAAAUACAUUGAGGAUACUUUGGUGGGUAUUUUUGGAACAAACUACUGUCUAAAUUUGUAGGGCAAUUAAUAUUCAUGUUUUUGCGACAGCAAUAAGUAGGCAUCUAUUUUGUAUUGCUUUUGACCUUUGAUAUAUUCAUUAAGUGUGAAUGGUAGUUUAGUUUAUACCUGAUUGGUAAUAGUAGGAAUAUUUAUAGAUAUGCCAUUUUGUAACCUCGGUUUAUUAGAUUUUAUUUGGAAAAUAUUGUACACUAUAUAAGCAUUGAAUUAUCAUAUAAGCAUUUAAUUAUUAUUAGUAUCUGUUUUCAUUUAAGCCUUUGAUACUCAGGAGUGACUAAUGGAUAAUUUCUCCAUGAAUAUAUUUAUAAACUCUAUAUAUUUAUACUCCAUGUACAUUUUCAAGCAGAAGAGUGAUGAGAAGUACCAAAAAUGUCAACUAUAGGAUUUUGUUAGAUUUAGUCCUAAAUUCUCAUCGCUAACUUUAAAAGAAAUAUAUGGUAGAUAGUGUGAAGAAUUGGUAUUUGGAUCUUGGGAGUGAAAGAGUUAACACCAAAUUGCACUCAUAAUCAAGUUGUUUCCUAUACUUACAUAACAAAAGGUGUAAAGCCCCAUAAGAAUCAAAGUUGAUCGAAAAAUUUUAUCACUUUCUUUAAUUGUAAUAAUCAGGCACCCUUAAAACCAGAAACUGGUGGAAGAGAUUCCAAAGAAAAGCUACAGAAAGGUUCAGUUGGUAAUAGAGGUUCAAAGCAGAAAUCUUCAAAAACAGCACAGACAUGGAAUGUGAAACAGAUUGUUGGGGGUCUGGUAGUAGUCUUUUUUGUGACUGCAGUCUGUGUUGCAUUACUACAAAGGAGGGACCAAACACCUAGCCAGACAGGUGUGAAUUAUGGACAAAAUUAUUGUUUUCAAUAUUUAUCUACAUAUUAAAUUUUGUCUUAAGGAUGUCAGUUUUCUUCUAAGACUCUGUAUCAAUUAAAAAUGAUUUUUACCUGGAGUAACAGUACACUAUGCGGAGAAAAAAAUGUUUCUGUUAUAGAUAGAUUGUUUAAUGUUCUUAAAUGUUACUGAACCAAUAAUACAUAUGUAUUUUUUGCUAUUUGAUGAGCAAAGGAAAAGACUGCCAGUGCUGAACUGGGUUAUUAUGCAAAGUCUUGUAAUUAGUUAUGAUAAUAUCAUAAAAUAUUAUGUAUUAUAAGUUCUUUUUGGGUUAUAUUAUAAUUCAACUAGCAUCUUAACUUUUUACUUUUUAAGGUUGCAACUUAUAUAAGUUACAAUUAUGUUUGAAAAUUCUUGUCAGUAAGGACUUGAAGUUUUUCUUUCUCAAUUUGUUAGCAGUUGAGGUUGCUGAUGUUCGAGCUGCGCGUUUGCGGAAGCUAGCUGGUGAACAAUCUGACACCAAAACAGAAAACUCACCUCCAGCUUGUGUGAAAGAAACUUCUGCUUUAAACAGACAACCUUCAAUAGAUUCAAACAAGAAGGGCCUUCGAAAAAGAGUUGAAAAUAGUGAGGUAACUGCUAAAAACACUGGAGAGGGGAGAGUUCCUGGAAUUAACAAACCGAGAGAUGGGUUAAGACUUCUAAGCUCAAAUGGUGUGAGUUCAGAGCCCUCCUCUCCUAAUACAGGGAGGUCACUUUCCUCCAUUGAAGUGGAGCCUUCAGUAGUCAGAGCAUCAACAUCAGAACAUAGUCCAGUACCCAUCACUGGUUGUAGUCAAGGAACUACGGCUGACAGGUUUCAAAUAAAAGACAUAACAGAAGUCAAGAAAGAAAUUUCAACAUCGUUGUCGAAGAGGCCAACAGGUAUCAUCAGCUACAAAUGUUAUAGAUUUCCAGCAGGAGUUAGUAGAGUUUUGACUUCUUAAGACAGCUGGUUGAAAAUAUGACUGUGAUAAUUAUUUACAGUUUUUUUCCACAAUGCUAUGUUAUUCAUUAAAAAUGCUGUUAUUACCUCUAAAUUAUUUUGUGAAUCAUCUUAAACAUUCAAUAAAAUGGAUAUUAUUUAAGACUGAUACUAUAUUUGAUAAAAUAUUUAAAUGUACUCAUCUUAACAUUAUAAACAUUGUUUGUUUUAGCACCCAAGCAAGAAAAGAUACAGGUUAGACCAAUUCUAUUUGAACAGACAUCGUAUUAAUAGCUUGUAUUAUGAUGUUGAGUUCCAUGAUUUGCAUCAUUCUGUAAUAGCUAAAGGGGCGAGCCAAUCAUUGAACCAGGCAUUUUUUGUGUAACAAAUUACUUGGCCAGUUAUAUGUUAAAGAAAUAUCUCAAGCACCCUCGAGAAUCCAUUUAGUACCCCUAAAGGACCCCUUAGGUAGGUAAAAAAUCCAGUGUCUGCAGACUGUUCCUGGAAAAUUUUACUAUUAAGGAAAUUUCUGUCACAUUUUUGUGAAAUGGGAAUUUGCUGUACCCAAACUUUCAAGGAAUAAUGUACCAUGGACAUGGAAAGGACACAAACUUUUGAAGAAAUAUUCUCCCUUUAGGGUGAAAGAGAUCAUGAGAGUGGGCAUCCAGGUGGCUGUAGUGAGAUAUCUUAUGUACAAGAGAAUAAUAUUUGAAUAAAGUAUGGGUGAAUAUUAGAAUUGGGAUUUUGACAGCAUGAUGAAGAAUGAGGGAAAACAAAAUUUGAGACCUGGCACAUGUACUUGUAAUUGUAUCUGUUCAUACUAUCAUUUUGCUGUUGCUAGGACCUGCCAUACCAUGAUGUUGCAAAGAAAGUGUUGAUGCAAGUUCUGGAGUGCUCUUUUGUAAGUGGAUUAGCCAGCAUGCAGAAGAGUGUUAUUAACCUUUUAACUCCUAGAAGUGAUUAACAUGUAACUUCUCCUUAGUAUAUCCAUACACUAUCCAUUGAAUUGGUGAUGAGAAUAUUCAGGCUUAUCAGGUAGAAUUUGUUAUCUUUAUCUAACACCAAAUUCUUAUUACUAAUUACUGGAAAAUGUGUAGCAGCAGGAGUGGAGAAUUAACAAUCAGAUCUUGGGAGUUAAAGGAUUAAAAAAAAGAAUUUUGGAAUUGAUUUUUAUGUAUUAUAGUGUAUACUUUUGUAAAAUUAAGAUAAAUUUUGUUUAGAGGGACUUGUGACCAAGAUCAUAGAUGUACAUACUUAUUGCCUGUGGAAAAGAAUAUUAUUAGUCAUGGGCAUUUGGGACUCUGUCUGUUUGAUGUCAAAAGAAAAGAGGGGAAUAAAAUAUUAGACCCUGAAGAAGUGGUAUUUUCUUCCUUUAGCAGAAAGAUUCAGUUGUCUAUAUGACACUAAAAUGUAUGAUAGUGUGUAAAAUGAAUGUGACCUCCUUUUUGUCUCUUUAUUUUAACAACAGGUUCUGAACCCCAUUUAGUUACAUUUCUCUGGGUAGUUAAAUGUCUCCUUUAUUUAUCUUUACAGGAAAAUCAAAGUUCCAAAAAGGAUCCACAUAUUCCACAAGUCAAGGUAUAGAGAGAUUGCAUUGUUUUUUAUUGCCAGUUGAAAAUGAUGUAAUAAUAGCCUAUUGGUGUUGUGAUUGUUGGAAUGAUUUGGUAAUACAUAACCCCACUUAUAACCACAUGCAGACUGCAACUCAAAAGCUAACCAGCAUUAAAUUGGGUAAGUUACUAAAGAAACUGUGGUGCUGUGUUGGUGGGAGAGUAUAACAGGGUUAUUUAGUAUUAUUAACUGAGUUGAUAGUGUAAAUUGGCCACUGUAAAGAGUUUCAAAGCUGACGCGUUAAUCGUUAGCCCUUUGUCAGAGCAAACAUUUGCAAAGCAUUCUUUUAUGGUCAUAACUAGAGAUUUAAAAUCAUAAGACUGGUUGCCUUGCCAUUCUAAACAUAUUUUUCAUUCUUCAGACUGACAGAGACAGAGGUUUGGCAGUUUUGCAAGUUGAAGCAUCUGAACUGCCUGUCAGCUGUGAUGACUCAGGCAAGGUAAACAACAAUGAAAUGCUAGAAAUCUGGUAGAAUUAACUUGUAAUUCUCAAUAAAAAUUACUGGACCAGCAUAGCUGUGGUUUUUGAAAUUGUGUGAAAAUAUUAUUUUACUGGUUUUACGCUUUAACUCCCAUGAGUGACCAAGACAGAAUUUCUCCUUACAAUGUCAAUACAAUAUCAAGCAGACAAGUGAUGAGAAUUAAGAAAAAUAUCAGUCAGGGAUUUUAAGUUGAUCCAAUACUAAAUUCUGCAAACUAACAUCACAAGAACUGUAUGGUUGACUGUAAGGAGAAUUACUAAUAAGAUCUGGGAGGUUAAAGGGUUAAAAGAAGUGGUACUUGUCUUCUUACCUGUAUGUUUAUCGUUUUUCGUUUUUAUAGAAAAUAGAAAAACUUCUCGCUAAAAGGAUUUAUCGGGAAAUGGUAAGUUUGUGUUUUCUACGUGUAAAUACCAAUGUACUGUACAUUUGUAGAGAUCUACAUUUAUUUUUCAGUGUAAACAAGAUUACAACAGAAAUUGUGUUAUUUAUGCACUGGAUUCUUGCCUUUCUUGUUGUUAAGAGUUAAGAAAUGAAUUGAAAUGAAAAGACAGAAAUGGGAGAUGAAGACAUUAUGAUGACACCUUGAGAAAGUAGUGGGGAGGGGGGGUAUCAGUAGAGGAUAAAUGAACACUUGUUUCAAAAUGUGUUCAUUUGAUUUUCUUUGUAGGACCCAAUGAAGUUUGCCAUUCACUGCUUUGAUCGCUGCUCUCAGCUGCCUGCAAAGAACUUCAAAUUGAUUCAAGAUGGAGAAAAGAUUUGGAAGGAAGUGGCUUCAGCUGUUAUGGAGCCCUGUGUAAAUACUGUUUUGAAGCAUCUUGUCCAUGGUGAGUUGUAACAUACUCUCAAACUUCUUGCCCCUCGAUUCACUGUAUCCAAGAUGAUGGAUUUGAUGUUGAUAAAAUCUGAACCAUGGUUUCAUGGCUUACGGGUGACUUACCAUCUUAUAUAUGUCUCAUGUUAGUUACAAACGGUUCUUUUAAAUUGCAGCUGCUGCAAGUCCUACAGCAGUUGAAGAUGACUUGUGGGCAGAUUUUGUCCAAUCAGGCCAAUCAGAGGUACAUUCUAUAAAUAUUUGCUGUACUUAAUACAUGUUUCUUCUUGGAUGAAUUGGUUUGGAUGUUUCCACCCAUCUUUCCUUCAGAGCCAUGAUAUUUUCACCUAAUGCAGGCUUGUGGGGUACAAGAGCAAUUUGAUGGUGUAAAAUAUAAUUUUCUUUUACUAGGGUCCAUCCCAGUAUUUCCUGUCGAGUCUUGGAGGCUGGUCAAGUGAUGGAGUGACAGUUUCUGUAGAACUUCUCAACAGGCUGCUGGAAAAAGGCAAAGAGGACCCAGAAGUGAAAGAGACAUUUGUUGAAAUGGUAUUGUAGACUAAUAGUGUUUUAGGCAAAGUAUAAUGCAAUUUCAGGAGGGGAUUUCCUUGUCAAGUUGAUAAAUUUAGCUCACGCUAUAUACCCUAGCUCUGUCUGAAAAACCUGCAAACAAGGAAAACACAUGUAGGUGGACUGGGCAGCAGACUUACCCUCCCUUUAAUGUGAUGUACAAAAGUAUACUUAAAAUUUCCAUGGUAAGUACCUUCCUAAUUCUGUAGAAAUUCCACCUCCUGCUUUUGGUUUGCAUUCUCAAGGUUUGGUCGUCUUGAAAUUUUAUGCCUUAUGUCAUGCUCCAGGCCUGAAUAGUCUUGGAAUUUGAGUGUUGGCCAUGAAAGGUCAUGGAACAUGACUACUGGUUAAUUUUUCUAAGAAGAAAAGAGUAAGAAAUACAGGCUAUUUUGAAACAAAAAUUCUCAAAUGAAAGUCAUAGAAAACUUAAAAAGGGUCUAUGGAAAAGUCUUGGAAAGUAAUGGAACUUUAUAACUUGGAAAUUAUACAAAUUCUGAUUCAUGCUUGUAAUGAGUUUUAGGUUCCCCUCUCUCUGGCUUCUCAUUCAGCUUUAAUUUCGUCUGUAACUGUGGUUCUCCCAUGAAUGACCGAAAGAGAAUUUCUCCUUACAGUAUCAAUACAAUAGGAAGCAGAGAGAUGAUGAGAACAAAGAAAAAUUUCAAUUAAAGGAUUAUUAGUUGAUCCAAUAUCAAAUUCUCCGGACUAACAUCAUAAGAAUUGUAUGGCAGACAGUAAGGAGAAUUACUAACAAGAUCUUAGAGUGAGACGGUUACAUGUUUAUCUUCACUACAUUUCAGUCAAUAUACAUUUUGCUGUGUAUCAGUUAAAAUAUUGAUGUUCGUACGUUUUAUCCGUAGAUAACAGUCGGAGGGAAGCAAGUCGAAAGAGUGAAAAGGUAUGUUGGACAAUUAUUGCUUUGAUUGGCAUAAAAAACCGAAAAUUUAGGUGCAAGAAAAAGCCAGACAUGUUACAGGGACGUUUCAGUAAAUACUGUCAGCAUCUGAAUUAUGAAAAAUCUUAUCUGAACUUCUUUUUAUUUCACCAUAUAGGAUAAAUGAGAUCACACUGGAGUGCAAAUGUAUUUUCAGAGGAUUGGAAACCCUCCUUUCUUUGGUAAGGCAUAAAUAUUCAAACACGCACCUAGUUGGAGCAGUUACCAAGUGAGCGUUGAGAGUAAUCCCUGAUUGCUGUUGUUUUGCUUAAGUAAUUUAGUGUUAACAACUGGGUUGAAAACGUAAAUUAGCCACCGUAAAGUUUUUUUACUCUUUACGGUGGCUAAUUUACGUUUUCAACCCAGUUGUUAACACUAAAUUACCUGCUAUACUCUCCCACCGACGCAGCACCACAGUUUCUUUAGAAACUUACCCCUUUAUUCAGUUGUUUUGCUUAACUUCGCUCUGUCAUAGGUCCAGGAAAUUCGUGCCACCUUCUCAACCAAUCAGAUCCAAAACUAAAACCAAUCCAGAUUUGGAGGCCUCACGUUUUCACGCUUUUCAUGUAAUAUAUCAGUUUUUGCUUUGACUUCUAGUUGGCUGAUGAUGAUGCCAACCUUCACUCUGAUCGGCUAAUGAUGAUGUCAACCUUCACUCCGAUUGGCUGUAGUGAUCACUUUGGUUUUUGGAAACUGACUGUUCUAGAACGUUGACUAAUUCGAUUUCUUUUGCAUUCUGUUGUUUUGGCUUUUAGCCUGUUAUGGGUGACUUCCUGGCUGAAGCUCUUGAGAGAGAGCUGGACACUGGAAUAAACGAGCUGGUAACAAUUUUGUUGAUUAAAAAAACACGAAAGUUGUUUACACUCCCUUGUUUGUGUACUUGAUAUUAAAUAUUCAGUGAAUGUCUGUUUUGCCCAGGGUGUCUUCUUCCAGCACAAAUCGCUGUUCUCGUCCUUCUUGGCAACCUCUACAAUGGAUAUUAAAAUAGACAAGAAGUCGCGUUCCUCCAUUUGUUUUGUCGAGCUGCCUCACUUCCCGCAGGCCUUCCGUAGCGACGUUGAUCAACUUCAAGUACGUAACGUGAAGUUUCCAUAAGCUGUGAUAUGGACCGCCAUGUGAAAUUUUCUCUAUUUAUUAAAUGUAGCCUCAAAGUUAACACAAUUUUCUUUUGAAAUUUUCUUGAAGUGCACUUUAUUUUAUUUGCUUUAUUUCCAUCAAAUUCUUUAUACAACAUCUCACUGGUAGGAGAGAGUUUGACUCACGUAAAAUUUUUUCGUCUCAGAUAACACCAUGUGAUGGUUUGCAACCCCAUUAGAGAUGAUUUCAUUUUUAUGCAUUUCAUAUUGUGGGUGAGAAAAAAGAUGAAUGAGGGCAGACUGCAAUGUUCUUACAUCGGGGAAUCAGCUAUUUAUUUUUUCCCCUUUGUGAAAUCGUUCAUUACAUAACAAUAGUUUACCUUUCACUUGUAGUCUCAAAUCAUGGAUGGCAUUCAUUCUUGCCAGAAUGUUGUUUACAAGGCUCUUGUGAAGCUGCUGAAAACUGAUAAUCGAGACAGGUAUUUUCAUUUACCUUUUGACCCCUAGAGUGAGUAGCAUCUAAUUACUCCUUACAUUGUUUCCCCUGCAUCACACAUUAAAGUCAUACGAAUAAAGGAAAUGAUCACCAAAUAACGAAGAUCUUAAUGGUUGAAAAAAUGAUCUGUGUCAGUACCUUAGGAAGUGAAUGGAGAGCAGUAUGGAAAAUAUGCAUUCUGGUACUCUGUUAUGGCGCUAUCCACUUGCAAUCUUUGGCCUUACAGAAAAUAAUUGGCGCAAGUGGAAAUCAAAGUCUUACUCCUCGUGCGUAACCGGGUGCGAUUUGUAUUCUAUAGCAUGUUGUCAACACCUUAAGGGUUAGGGCGUUGUUUGCACUAUCGUCUGCAUUAUACGGAUGACACAGUCGCCAAACGGUCAGUGCAUAGGACUUUGGGUCAAGAGGUCUGGGUGCGAGACUUGACCGGGUCAAUGUUUUGUGUUCUUGGGCACGACGCUUCCCUCUCAGAGUGCCUCUCUCCAGCCAGGAGCAUAAAUGGCCUCUGGCGAAUUUUCAGGGAAGCCCGAUGAAAUGCUUGGGGGUAACCUUGCGAUGGACUAGCAUCUCAUUCAGGAGGGAGUAGUAAUACUCUCAGUCGCUACAUGGAAACCGAGAUAAGCACCGCGGGCUGGGUGGGCCAAUAGGCUCCAUAAUGGACUUAAGUUUUCCGUGCAGUAUAUGCAAGUUAAAACUAGUCCCGCACAUUUUGAUGGUAGUUGGUAGGUAAGAAUUCAAUGUCUCGUCUCCCAGGACAGGCCAUGAGAACAGAAAAAAGCGCAAACUGUAACUUGCAACUGUAAAAAUCUUCAUGUUUCGGUAUGUUUUGGAACGGUUAGGAUAGGAUUUGCCAUCUUUAGAUUUAAAUGACUUCGGCACCCCUAUCCAUUCUCGUGAGUAUCAGAGGAAAAGUAAAUUAAACUUAAGGAUAUAUGUAUUUGUCUUUCAGCGCAAUAGCAUGGCUGGCCGGGGUUGUCUCACUCAAUGAUCUGAGACUGUCAGCAAACUUGCCUAGAGAUAACUUGAUGAAGGCAACAGUGGCCAACGAUGGUAAGAUAGAGUGAAAACAAAUUUGUAUUAGCAGAAAUGCUAUGAACGACACUUGUUAUCAAAUAAUUUCUCAUGAACUCUCGACAGUUCCCAUCAUAAAGUAUUUCUCCAUUCGCAAUAGAAAAUUUUGUCCUAACGAGUUUUUAAUCCACGAGUCUCCAUGGUGACAAAAGGAUUUGUGAGGGAAAGAAUUCUCGAUUAUUUUAAUAGUUUUACAAGAGGCUUUACGGUAACGAAACAUCUGUAAUAAGUUAUGGUAACUUUCAGAACUCGUGUUUCUCUUGGUGGUAGGUUUUAUGGUGAAUCUUUGCUCAGUGGCUCUUCAGAUGUGUGAUUCGUUCCUCCUGACCAAAGGGAAAGAUAAAUACAAACAGAUUGAAGCGCUUUACUGCACCUCCAAAGCUUGCCGUUUAAGAUUCACGAACGAGCGAACGCUGGCUGGUGGACACAUUGGUAAGUAACAGUUUCGGCAGACCGUUAGUUCGGGAGACUUGCGCCUAAGAUUGAUAUCGUUAGAGUAAAUGUUUGACACUUUUUUGGAAAUUACUUCGAGUUGCGAAUCUGAAUUAGGGACAGUUUUGUCUUUCCUCGCGCUAAUCUUUGUAGUGUCGACGACCUUUUGACUGAUUGUCAUGCAACAAAAACCAGAGCAAGAACGUCGACCAGUCAUGACAGACAAAGGGGUGAACGUCACAAGGCGCCAAUGAGAACUCAUAGAAAGUAAACCUUAGGCUUGGCAAAACGCGAUCAGCCCAGUCGCCAAUGGUUAACAUGAUGCAUCUGAAAGGCCGAGAGAGUUGCGGGGGGUUUCGCAUGCUUUCUCGACCAACCGUCAAUUUCUAAACCAAUCUUGAUACAGAGAUGGUAGGAACAAUCAAGGAAAGUUUCAAAAAAAUCGUUGGACACCUUUUACCUUAAAUCGCUCAUUGUUCAGCAGGUUCUAAUCUAAAUCUAAUCUUUUGUUCGACCUACUAAUUUCAUCAACUGUCAUCUUGUAAUGUGCUCAUGUAACUGUCUUUAAGUAUUUUCUAAUUAAUACAGGUUGCUUAUGUUGUUGUUUUUUUUUCCAUACAGGAACAGAGAAUGAGGACAGAACGGAUCUCCGUAGUGUGCUUUUGCCCUCAGGAGACCUUAAGGGUACUUAUUUUCCUUCUCUUUAUGUGCGUGCAUAUUUUAUCGUUGCUAAAUGAUCAGUGAUUUUAUUUUUUCGUUUCUUUUUUUUUUUUAGUUUCGUUUAUUAAUCUGCUCCAAACAAUGUCGCAUUUCCUAAAAUGGCGAGUCCACCACGCGUUCUAUUUUCUCUUUGUCUGUCUUUAUAACCUUGUCUCCCAUCCCGCUGUAAAAAAUGAUCAAUCAGUUUUCGCGAGUCAGUUUUCCCUCAAGUGAUUGACGAACAGCUCUUCACGUGACUCCGAUGCAGGCUCCCGCUUAAGUUCUCAAGACGACAGUCACUGUUAUGGGCAACAGUCCUUCAUAGGACUUAGCCUACGUAUAGCCUCGCUUCUGUUUCACCUUUUUUUUGGGGGGGGGAAUGGUACGGCUACACGUAGGCUACGUUGGACUAUGUUCGUCGGAUUGUCUGUUCGUCGAUCUUUUGUUCCCGAGGUCAAACCAGUAACUGUAUUACUGUUCCUCUUGUUUGACACUCGACGUUGCAUGUGAUGUUAUCUUUGUAGGUCAGUUCAAACUGAUAACAGAGAUGUUUCACAUCACGCACCGCGCGCUUCAUAUCGGACUCACCACUACCAUUCAACACUACAACAGAAUCAUGAGGUUAGACAUACUCAGUACUCAUUCAUAUAUUUUAAAAACUCAGUCUGUUGCAAUCCUGUUUUUGAAAAGCAACUGAACCCUUUGUGAAGUUGCCAAGGCGAUAGCUCCUAUCUCGAUGAUGAACAAGCAGAUAGGCCUCCUUUGGGUUAACCCUGUAACUUCUAGAAGUGAUCAACAUGAGACUUCUCCCUAUUAUAUCCUUAUUAUCCAGCAAACAGGAAAUGAGAAUAUUUAAACUUAUCAAGUAGCAGUUGUUAUCUUGAUCUUACACCAACUUCUCAUAACUAAUUUAAAAGGCAAUGUUUAGCAGCUAGAGGGGAGAAUUAACAAUCAGAUCUCGGGAGUUAGAGAGUUAAUAUCUCAAUUUGCUCAAAUUUUUAGUGUAGCUACGUUACACAAAUAUCUCCAUGAUGAAAACGUGCGUGAGCGUUUGAAAAGAGCCCAAGGAAAAAGAAACAAAAACAAAAAGUAAAGAUCAGCAACAACAAAAAAAAUUACAAUAAUUGAAAUUUGGCGAAAGAGAUCGGUUGUUUUUCCCAUUAUUGUGUUGGGCUCUCUCCAUGGCCAGUUACGCCAAGUUUUAGCGCCUAAUUUCGCGAGUACCGACUUUUCUCCCUCAGUGCAUCACAGAUUACCCAUUCAUACGUUCUCUUAAUCUCGGUAAUAAAUUUCUUCGUUCCAAAAUCGGUACGUUUCUUUAUUCCUAAAAUUCCAGACAGUACACGAUGUUAUCUGAAAUGAAGGAGGGCAGCUCUUUUGAAGCGGAAACGAAAAAAAUGCUUGUGGUGAGUGUAUAUCAUGUAAGAAAAUAUAUCUGAUCAGUUCAAGCAAAGAUCUUUCAAGAGCAAACAACAAUUUCCUGAUCUCCUUGUUGAAUUGGGGUUUAAAAUGGUCUUGCGCCAGCGUAGGACCCCAAGUAGUUCUUUUGUUCCUGGCCUUCUAUUAGAAGAAAGCUUUCGCCAUGAUACGGGUGAAUUCAGACUUAAUCAAUCAAAAAUGCUCUUCGAUAUAAGCUGCUUUUUCGUUUAAGCGAUUUGUCAUGUGAACCACUUGUUAUGUCCUGUUUAUAGCUAUUCGUACUUCAAUGGAAUACUUGUCUGGAGGACGACCACUUCAUGAGGCUGUGUUCAGAGUUUUACAUCACAAGCGCCGCCUGGCUUCUUCAUCUUCUUGACAGCUGUGCUUCUGAGUAUCAGGUAAAAAGUUCAUACGGGGUUUAGGAAAGGGAUGAGGGGUUUUAGACGGUCUAAAGAGGUGAGACGGUCUGUACUCAGGAAGGAAAGAGAAACAAAAAGGUUUCAAAACAUGGCCCCAUUGCAUAUUGUGGUCUGUAAAGAAAUGUAGUAUUAAAAUGGUCCGGAAAAUAUUUGGUGUUUCCAACAAUUUUUUUGGAAUUUUCAAGAUAAGUGGUUUGUAUAAAUGUAGUAUUAAAAUAAUAUUCGGUGUUGAGAACUUGGUAAAGGCGUUGUAUUACCAACUAAGCUUAUUGAUUUUGUUGCUUUAGGGUUUGUCUGAAAACGAAAUCAGAGUCAGGCAGCGAGAGAUACUUGUGAAUAUUCCCGAGUUCUACGUCAAAGACAUGUGCUCUUGGUUUAGUUUUGUCGCCGCACAUAAACCUGGCGCUCUUAGGGGGUUGGACGUGAGUAUUUAAUUGGUUUUAAUUCACUAUACUUUGAUUUAGUAGUCAACUAGCAGGGAACACAUUUAAGCCCUCAAUUUUUAGACGCGCUUACUGGAGAAGAGCUGUCCAUCCGAGACUGCGCGAGAAGAAUUGCGCAUGCGGUAGCGAAGAGAUUACCGUGUGUGAGAGAAGAAAUAGGCACAUAUUAGAGAAGGGAUGAGCAAGUUCGAGUAGAGUGGAAAGCGCGAAUUCGCGUGCAAGAACGUACUGGAAGGUACUUGGACGCUUGACUGAGUAGAGGCGUGCUUUUCGAAAAGAAACACGAUUGCGUACUGAAGAGGAGAUACGCGUGCGUUACGAAAAGAGAGACGAGUGCAUACUUAAGGGGAGAUACGCGGGCAAGAGAACGUGUGCAAGAGGUGCUACAGACGAUGCCCGUUAAGAGAACAAAUAUGCUUUUUCAUUAAAGAAGAGUUACGUUCGUGUAAGAACACGUGUGAAAGGAGUGACGACAAUACAUGAUCGCAGUUUAAUAUUUUGUUUAUAAUAUCAUGUGAUUCAAAGUGCGUGCAUAUUGCUCGCCAUACCACCUAUGUCACAAUAUUUCUUCCCGACAAUUUUUCUAAGAGCCUGCCUCAAGGACUACGUUUUGCAAUUUUUACUUUGUCUUAUUUAUGAUUAAAUUGUUCGUGUUUUAGAUCUGCAUUUUCGUUGACUGCUGUUGUGCUCUUAUGGAACGGAGAGACAUCAUGCCCGGACCAGUGGCAGCCACGAGAACUGUGACAGCUUUGUUGUCAUUUGCUGAAAUAUGCCAGAGAUCUAAAGGGUAUUUUGUAGUUAUGUUAAAUUAUUGUGCAGAGGAGAAUGUUUUAAGAAACAAGAGCAAUUUAACACAACAAAUGACGGAGAGAGUAUUAAACAAACAGGUUCACAUACAAGAAAGGAAGAAAGAAACUAGCAAAAAAAAAAAAGGGAAAACAAAAAACAGAGAUAGAAGCGAUUGCAAAGUUCAGACAUUCAACCAGGGCUCAAGAUGAGCUUCUAAGUAUGACUGCAUUUGUUGUUAAAAAUGUCUGAAAGGUAAAUUGAAGGGGCAAUUUUUCUUUUUUCGUUUUCGUGUUACUUAAUUUGAAUCUCUUUGAGAUUAGUGUUUGCGAAGAAUUAAUUAGCAGGAUAAAAGAAAGGGAAAGCUAAGUUAUAUAAUUCUAUCUCUACUAUAAAUCGGGAUUUUCAAUUUUUUCUUUUAAUCACUAAUGACAAGACUUUGUGUCGUAAUUUAUAGAAUAAAUAAAGUUCUCAUCAUGAAUCUUCCGACUCCCAAUUAUUUGAUUUGAUUCUAAUUCUGGUUUGUCUUUAAGUUUAACUGGUAUGUUGAGGAAGAUUUUGACAAAGGUGAAAAUGCCUGUUGAAAGUUACAAUCGUCAUAUUUCUUUACCAAUUGAGUAAUCAAGAAAAUUUUCUGUACCUUUCAGGAAGAACAAACUGUUGGAGACAACUACUUGGGGAAGGUAAGGAAGGGUUUAGGAAUGAUUUAUCAGGUUUUGUCGGUGAUCUCUGAUGACCUUACUCGCUCAUAUAUUUUCUGAUUUGCAGCGGUAUCGAAGGUGACAUGGUGGCCUGCGUUGCUAUGUGCCCAGCGGUGAGAGAAAAACUCGGUCCAGCUCUUAUUCAUACUUACUCUUCGGUUGACAUCGUGGAGGGCCUGGACGUGGACAAAGAAGAGUUUGACAAAUUUUCUGCCAGGUAUAAUCAGCUUUUUUACUGUCCUGUGAUUUUAAACGCAAUAGCACAUCCAAUAUUGUAGCUGCCUUUACGAGAAUGCUGAGGAAGCGAUCUUGUCCCGUUAGAAGAGGACGCAACAUACUCAACCUAUGCAGGAUGUUUAAGGAUUUUAGACAUUUUUAGUUGUCGCGGACCUGGAAAUUUUUUUCGUUUUGAAUGGAAGUAUCAUUAAAACUUUCACUCUCAGAUCUCACCAGCAAUUCUCCUUGCUGUCUGUUUUAGGUUUGAAAUUGUCAAGUUAUUAGAAAAGCUAUGGAAGAGACCCGACUGUUUACCUUCGAUUUUACAAGAAUGUGGAACGGAAAGUUUUCAGGUAAGACAAUCAUCGACCAUGAGCGUCCUUCGUCAGGUAAAAGUUUGUUCUUUUUUCUAUACUAUGGUAAACCAGAUAAGGCUAGAUCAUAUUGUUAUUGUAUAUUUCUGUCAAUACGCAAAUUGUAGUCAAGUUUCAUGACUAUUUUUUGUUUCAUCAGUCAUUCUUAGGUGCUGUGUUUGACACUCUUCUUUACGUUUUGAAAGAUGGCUUGCUCCGCCUAACAAAUGUUCGGAAACUUCAGUGUGCCAAGCAGUGUGGUAGGUAGCUUUUCAAGAGAGGUUGACGAACGGCAGACCGAUUAAAUUAUCCCUCGGUGAGCUAACAAACGGAAAACAAACUUCGACAGACUCACACACACACACACAGAAAGUCAGACACACAGACUGAUAGACUAAAAGCCUACUGGAAUAGAAAGACGGACAGACAGAUGGACAGACCGACUAAAGCCGACAAGGGCAAACAGAUAGACUGACUGACUGACUGACUGACCGGCAGACAGAAAUUCUCAAGUGUAGAACCAGCCACAAACCCAUGUCAGCAUUUUUGUCACUAUUGAUUGACAGCCAACGUCACUUAUAUUCUAACCGAUGAUUAAUCGUGGUCGACGUAAGCCAACGCCCCAGUCGUCUUUUAACUGAUUUUAAUUUUAGACGAUCACCAAUGCGGCAUUGUUAAUCAAUACACCGUCAACUUAUCUAAAAACGAAAUAAAAAUAACGAAAAAAAAAAAACCCAAAUCGUUUAUCUUUGUCUUUCUCACUCUGCCUUUUUUUCUUAGAGUAGCAUCCUUCCUUAAAAAUGCAAUGCGGAAAUCUAAGUCGAUAUCCAACCUUGAAAAAAUUUUUUUUCUUUUGCACAGAUGAAAAGUGGAAGGAGUUAAGUGUAGAUCAGCGACAAGAGAAGGAACACUUUUUGAAAGGCGAAGAGCACGUUUCAAAAUCCUGUAUGCAAAUGGUAUGCUGUUGUGUGAAUUUAAAUGUUGAAUUCGUCGGAGUUAUAAUAAAUAACAUCAAAGCUGCAUCUUUCAGGCGAAUGCAACCCUAGCAUUUCUGGAGAAAAUCACAGAAGAAGAGAAAGUGGCUCGCUGCUUCUCCCGUUCUCCAUUGUCACUCAGGGCUGCAGCAGCGGUAUGUGUUCCUAGCUUAUCACCUCGUGUUUUUCACUUUACCUUGUUCCCACCAAUAGCGUAGCUUCAUUUUUCUAUAUGUGAACCACGCACAACCCACAAUUCCUCUAACGGAUGGCUAACGCUGGAAACGUCAGGUUUAGAAACUCUUAACGGUGGCCAACUCAUAUUUUCAACUCAGUUGAUAAAACCAGAUGAUCUUGUAUUAACCCCUCCCCCUCCCCAUCAACGCAGUAUCGCAGUUUUCUUUAGAAUCUUACCCCCUUGAUAUUUAUGGCCUAGUUUCAGAGGUUGGCCUCAUGGUUAGUGCGCUCGACUCUGGAUCGGGUGGUCCGGGUUCGAGCCCUGGCCGGGAUCAUUGUGUUGUGUUCUUAGGCAAGACACUUUACUCUUACAGUGCUUCUCUUCACCCAAGUGUACAAAUGGGUACCAGCAAAUGUGCUGGGGGGUAACCCUGCGAUGGACUAGCAUCCCAUCCAGGGGGGAGUAGCAAUACUCCUAGCCGCUUCAUGCUAAGAAAACCGGAGUUAAGCACCGGCCCCAUGGGCCACCUGGGCCCGUAUAAAGGCUUACCUUACUUCAGAGGUUAGAUGUGAGGGGCAGGUCAUUGAAAAUUUUGAAGACAAUGUUGGAGAUUAGUUCACCAUAUCAUGGAAAAGAACCUGCCCGUUUUUUACCCUCAACCUUUUGAAUCCCGUUUCGAUAAAUCGAUGAGUUUAAGUUCAGCCGCCGGUGUUCUCUUUUUGACUCUCAGAUAAUUGGAUUUUUGGACUCAUUGUGCGGCCGCAAGUGUAUGGAUUUGAAAGUCGAAAACAUGGAUAGGUGAGUUGUUGAUUAAACUUAAAAGUGUAUGUUUUGUAUUUAGGAAUUCAGACAAGUGUUUCACUUUCAUUUAGAGCCUUUUUACUAGAAUAACCUUUUGGUGAUAAAAUCAUCAAGGCACGAUUUCUUUAAAAGCGAAACGAUGUUCAUUUUUGUGUGAUGGAGUCAGAUGGUGGCCUUAACCUCUUGAGAUCUGAUUCGUAUUUCUCUCUCCUGGCUGUUAUACAUUUUCUAGUAGAUAUGUUUGGAGUAUUUGGUGUCAAAUCAGCUGAUAAGUUUGUCAGUUCUCAUUAUCUCUUCGCUGGAUUUUUUUAAAGGUUUUAGAUACUCAUGCUCUUGGCUUCGCGAAAUGUCCGCUUUAUCUCCAAAACGACCAAUUUUAAAUUACUUUCCCCCAACUUUUUUGAUAGGAAGAAUUAUCCUUAGAUUUUAUUUCAUAAUUGUAUAUUUUUUAAUAUUAUUGUAUAUUACCUAGGAUGUAUUUUUGUUGUUACAUGCAGGUACUCGUUCGACCCUCGUGACCUACUGGUCAAGAUUUUGACGGUGUUAGUGCGCAUGUCAAAUGCUAGUGAGGAGAGGGAAUUUGUGAAAUGCCUUGCUGCUAACCCAGACUACAGCAGGCUCAGCGUCGAGCGAGCUUUACGUGUUGUUCAGCGCGAGAAUCUCGCUCCAGACUUCGUGGUCGAAGACUUGAGACGAAUUGUACAAGAGGUUAGUGUUAUUGCAUUUUUGUCUCAUUUACAAAAAGGAAUUAUGUAGUUUUUAGGACGAGUAUUUCAUAUAAUAAAUGGUUAGAAACCAUUCCAGUUGACCGUGUAGUCUAAUCGUCCUGGUGAGAGCAGGCCUAGAAAGGAUAGUUGUCGACAGUUGUGAUUGAUGUCAAGAGAACCCGAGUGAAAGUCAUCAUGAAAGUCAAGUGGUCACCUGACUCUGAUAAUGACUUCCACUCAGGUUGCGAGACAUCUGCAACUGCUACCGACAGCAGACCUUCCCAGAGUCUUCGUGGUGGAAGAAUCGAUUUUAAGACAAAAUUUAAAGAAUACAGAAGCAGAUUCUGGCAUCCUAACCGGUCGAUUUUCUUACAUUAGCUGGUAAUUUUAUUUAAAAACUUGUGAAUCCCUCAUCUUGAAUUAAAAGAACAGUUUUACUGGGCCGUUGAGUCACUGGGAACUACGAGAAACGGGUCCCAGGACUACUCCCAUCCGAAUGGUCGCAGUACACGAGCAACAGUGUUACGUACUUAUUUUAAGUAAGACGUCUGAAGCUGGUUGGACCGAGCGUUUCCUUCCGGAGAGGAAACUUGACUUUGUGAUAAUAACUCGUACCUUAAAUUAUAACAUAACCCUCCCUCUCCCCCAGAAAAAAAAAAAAAAACCACAAAAACAAAAACAAAAACAAAAAUAAAAACUCAAUAUUUCAUCCACUGACAUGAAUUAGGGACAACCGUUUAACAACCUAAAAGCCAUCACCUCUUAAAAGUACAAAAUGUUAGUUGCUCAUUCACAGAUUCUUAUGCAGAGAAAUUGAAAGUGGCCCGUUGAAUUGAUGUUUCACAGGUGAGCUCAUUGUUGGCACGAGAAGAUGAAAAUUUCUCUGUUUGGGAGAUCGAAACAAACACAGACGAGAAUGGACUAGAAGAACCACCCGAGGGGGGUGGGAAUGGACCUUGUGCACCGGAUCCUUGUGACCCAAAACAGGCUGAUCAAGCCUAUAUCGAAACACUUGAAUCAAUCAAGUUUGAAGCAGCCGAGCUGGUGGUAAGAGCAGUACACGACUGAUACAUUUGAUAAUAAUUUUGGAGUAUUUUAUUCACUAAGCCUAUAAUAUCUGAGUUAUGUAGACCAGGAAAGAAGAUAUCAAGCCUAGAGACUGAAUUGUCUGGAUAGGUCGUAUUCCUAAUUAAUAAUACGUAAGAUAUUUUUAGAUUAUUCCCGUUUUCGGAAACUUCAAGAGAAUCUAGAGAUAAACAAUCCUUUGUGGAAAACUUGUUGUGCGUCUCUUCGCCAUCCAUGAAAACAUUUAAGAAAAGGGAGUAGUGUAACAUUAUUAACUGGAAACUUAAGUCUGAAAAUGUCUGCGCCUUUGUCAGGGAUUCAGUCUUAGGUGUUGAAACUCUAUUGGACCGGUCAUGCGGAUUUAAAUGUUGUCCCUCGUGGUCUAGUGUUCUUUCAGUCAAGGUGUGCGCCAGCCUUCCCUCCGUUGUAAAUUUUCCCAAAGUCUGUCUUAACUCAGUUUUAAUUGAAGCAAAUCACUUCAGAGAUAACGAUGACCAAAAGAACUACCUCAAUGUGUCCAGCAGUUCUCCACUCACAGACCAUGGGUCAUUUUUGAACUUAAGUAAAACGCCCAGAGUAGGAGAAAUAUCGGUUGGGUUAACUUAGUUUAACGGGCCUCGUGUGCAACUAUACCCAGAGCUUAAUCGUAUUCCUUUAGCACUGAGCGACUAGGAUAAUUGUUACUAACGGGUUCUUAGUGUAUGGUAGGUAUCCUCUCCUCCCCUCCCCCCAGCUGUGUUUUGUUCCUGACGAGGAGCACUUUACAAUGAGCUUGCCAGCACUCAAACCCAGACCUCUUUUUUUUUUUUUCUCUUUUUUUGUUGUUGUCGUAGAUGGUUUUAUUGGGUAAACUAUGAUGAAAGGGUUUUUCUUUUCUCGUUUCAGGAUUGUCAUGCCUUCCGGUCCUGUGCUAGUCAGCCCAUGUGUCCCAGGUAGAUUUUUGUAAACCUUUUCUUAAUCAUGUGCAAGACAUUUAGCUUACUUUGUUUUGACCGCUUGUUUUUGUCAGGUCUGGUAAAGUGCGGGCUCUUAUGCGUGAAGCAACUCAACUGAAAAACAACUUGCCGAUCCAUCCAAAUUCUUCUAUACUUGUCAGGCAGGUUAGAAUGAUUCCGCUUUUUUUCAUUACUUACUGUGAUGAUGUUAGCCCGGUAAAGUUUCUUCUCGCCGCCGUGUACAACGUGAGGAGAAGCCUUGUUUUCUUGGGCAGGAACACAUAUUCAACUUAAUUUAAUAGGAAGUGAGCGGGCUAAAAUUUUUUUUUUGAGGAAACCGCUUAACAAGGUUCAUAUUGCUUCCCAGUUUGACACGAGAUACCGCCUACCUUGGACACGUCCUACAUUAACACCCUUUUAAUAAUUAACGACGAGGUCUUUGCAACCAGAUUAACUCUUCCCCUGGGAAACUCCUCAAAAAGGCCUCUUCACUUUCAAUAUGGCGCCCCAUUUAAAGGUGCCUUUGGCCCUUAAGCCCAUCAUGGAUAACAAGUCUUUCCGUUGGGAAUGAGAGCUUUUGGCGUAGGAAGAGCGCUUGUAUCCCAUUGCAGGGGCCUGGGUUUGAUUCCCCAGACCUGGCUUCGCCUAGAUUGAGGUUUUUUUUUCGUUCUGGUUCUCCUCCCUGGGGUUUUCUCUGGGCUAGCUGGUUUUCCUACUUAGACCAGGAAAAAAAAAAAAAAAAAAAAAAAAAAAAAAAACACUUGAAUUUCCAACUCAACCUGGAAAAGAGUAGACGAAAAGCCUCCUCUGUGAUGUACCACUCCUGCGAUUCAAUUUAUUUUGAUUUGAUUUACAGUAAGUGUUCAGAAACCUGGAAACUAGCGAGUUAAGAAUUGUAGAUAAUGGAUAAUACUUUUUUCUUUAUUUCCCGCGCAGGAUGAGAACCGUAUGGAUUUUGUCCGUGCUCUUAUCACCGGCACGGUAGAUACGCCUUACAGUCGAGGCUGCUUUGUGUUCGAUAUCUACUUUCCGUCUUCAUAUCCAGUUGACCCACCUUUGGUGAAAAUCAUCACAACUGGUAAUGGUACAGUCAGGUGAGGUAGUAAGGUUUUUGAUAUUUAUUGUUUGAUUUUUGUAAAUUAUAGAGCGGUUUGUAAAGAAUUGUACUCAUUCUUCUAAGCUUGUAACUCUCAACUUCUGAAUUAUGAUUCUUGUCUCUUUCUAGGUAUUGUAAGUUAUUGAAUACAAGUUUUUUUUUUUUCACUGCAGGUUUAACCCGAAUCUCUACGCAGAUGGAAAGGUAAUUUCAAGCUGUACUUUGCCAAGAUUGUUCCAUUUGAUGCUUUUCACGCUGAUUUCUUGAUUUGUCUUGUUUCAUUCUUCAUUGUUGUUCACAUCUUUAGGUUUGUUUAAGUUUGUUGGGAACUUGGCAUGGUGGAGAUGCAAGUGAGAAGUGGGAUCCAAAGAAGUCUUCUCUCUACCAGGUUUGGUUUUUGUUGAGUUUGUAUUUAUUGUUGUUGUUGAUGGUGAAUCUACUCACAAAGUUCGUUAGUUCUGUCCCUGAUCUGUUGAAAGCGCCUCUGUGGGGAUGCAGUUUUAGGUUUUGAUACAUUACUGGGCUAAGUCAUGCGUAUUUAAUUGUUGUUUCUCAUAAUCAGUCGGUUCCUUCAGUUGAACGCUUCAGUUCGCUGUAUAAUCAUUCCAUUUUACCUUAAGCGCGGAACGCAACACAAAGAGCUGGUUUGGGCUCGAACCCAAACUUUCUUGGUCUGGGAUUCGUCGUAUUAACCACCAGGGUAGUGCGGGAAUGUACAGGAACAUUUUUGUUCUAAACCGUUAUCCUGAGGUUAAACUAAUGCUUAAAGAAAAAUUGACCUUGAGAACGGAUUGUAGAGGAAAGUUUACUACUGCGCGUCAAUAUUUCUUGACGUUCCAUGACGAGGCGGGGAAACAAGUAUUAUGGUGAUCAAGGGAAAGUCGGAAUUGAAAUUGUGACCCUCUGGUGAGCGCCUGAAAUGUAUGUCACUACAAUUUUUCGAUCUCGGAAAUGAAAGGUGUUGUACAAAAUUUGGUCCACGUUCUCAAUCUUCUGUUUCGGACUCCGAUCAUUAGUAAAUGAGGACUUUGUAAAUGUCAAGUAAAUUGACUCUAGUUAGAGAGGUAACCAUAACGCCUUCAACAUUUAUUAGCCAAGACCACUGGUUCCGCUCCAUCUUCGAAACCAGAGCUCUGUCUUAAAAUUGAGUUUUUUACUUUUUUCCUGUUAUCGUAGAGACAAAGUUAUGCUUUGAACUGUAUUUCUCUUUUUGAUGCUUUGCCAGGUUUUGUUGUCAAUUCAAGGCAUGAUGUUUACUCCUGAUCCGUGUUUUAAUGAACCUGGUUACGAAGGCAUCAAAGGAACCGACGAGGGAGACGUAAGUGGAAUUCUUAACGGUUCUCUGUUUGACCAAUGGACGUGUUUUUUGUUGACGCUGAAAUUGAAAAGCAAAGUCAGUAAUGAAACCACAAUUUUCAAGUUUGCUGCGUAAAAUUUGCGUCAAUCUUUUUAAUCUAUGAUUCCUUCCUUGCUGUUACUGUUCAUGUUCCCAUCAUGUACCCUCACUGGUCCAUGAUGACGAUGAGUAGGAAUAAGCUGAUGUUGUCAUUCCAAUCUAAGAAUAUGUGACUAUAAUUUACACGCUCUUUCCGAUAAGGGAUAUGUAUCCUGUAAAGGUUGUUUUGCAUCUGCGAAUUGCCUAUCUGCGCUGUGUUACCUGAAGAUUGCGAUGGUGGCUGAAAAAAAAAGAGUGGCAGAGAGCAGAUGACUUCCGCUUAGGUUGUCGAAACCACUCACCCAGACGAUUAUGCUACACUAUCCCAUGUUACGCCCGGGUUCAAAUCAUUCAUUGUGUUAUAAUCGAGUCGCUUCGAUUCCAUUUAUUAUCUUGUGUUAACUGUGAGGUUUGAGAGACGCUAUAGCUAGGUAUUUCACGCCCUGAACUCUAGACGAAGAGUUCUACAUGCGAGUCGAAGCUAGUUCACUGUGUUGGAAAAGUUUAUUUACCGUUACUUUCUGUCUCCUCAACCCCGGCUUUAGUAAGAAGUGAGAUAAUAGGUAAGCAAAUGAAACGAUUGCGUGUCACCUGCGAUGCACAGGUAUCCCAUCCAAGAGGUGUAACAAUACUGUGACCUUAGUGGGUCAUUAACUUUUAAGACAUAACUGUAACCUUGCGUGACUUUGAUUUCACUUGUCUCUCUCUCCCCAGGCUCUGUGCAAAGAGUACAAUGCAAAAAUCAAACUUCACACAAUACGUCACGCCAUGGUUGGGCAGCUACGUGAACCAGCACCUGGUUAGUUAGAUUAUUAUAAUUUACCACGCUCUUUUGGAAACACAGCUACUGUGUACUGACUCUGCUUGUUAUUAUUCUAAAGAAUUUAAGACUCCACUUGGUUCUCAUUGGUCAUAUGCAGAAGGAACAGUCAAUAAUUACAAAAAUAAAUGCGUUAUGUUUUGAUUUAGUUCGUAGCUACUUGUAUUUUGACGAUGAGGUGCAGUUUUACUAAUGAUUUGGCAAUGACGCAAGUAAUGUUUGUUAUUUUGUACGCGAACCCGCCACACCAUAACACCAGUAUGCAUAUUCUACAUAUUGUUCUCUAUAAAUUUCCAAAGGUGUUGACAAUGAGAAUUUGUUUAGCAAUCAAGAGCUUCUUUAGUUGAUGAUUAUUUCCUUGAUUCUUGUGACCUUAAUGUUUGAUAUAGGGGUGAUAUUGUAAGGAGAAAAUAAAAUCUAAUCACUGUAGGGUCAAAGGUUUGAUCGGUUACAAAACUGUUUUUUCCCUCACCCUAGGGUUUGAAGAAGCCAUUCGUACUCACUUCCGUCUUCAGAAAGAGGCUGUUUUGAAGCAGUGUGCUGAUUGGCUCACGCAAUGUGCUGAUGCUGAGGAAGAAAUACGCAUGCGCAAGGCCGUGGAUACGUUAAAAAGUGAACUCGAUAAGCUGUAGAGAAAAGGAGAGGGGAAGAAAAGGGAAUUCAAAUGCUGACCAUGUAAAUCUCGGCUUCGCAAGAUACAUAAAACCACGUUUGGUUUAGUUCUUUUUCGGAAAGGAGAACGAACGCGUAACACCUCACAAGUUACCUACUUUUCCAGUGCAGCAUAUUUUAGUUUAAAAUUGUGACUUCCAUGCAAUUUAUUUAUUGUAAUGUCUGAUGUCAAGCGCGGCUAAGGUCGGGUAUCCAUCUCAUUCCCACAAAGAGAGAGAAAGGGUGGAAUAAUAUCCCUUUUUGCUUAAAUUAUUUGAAACCAGGAACAAGAAUCUGUAUUGUCUUUCUGCUUUGUUUGCCUUUAGCUUUGACCGAGGUGUGACCACAUUGUUGUGGCGAGUGAUGAAAAAUAUUUCACUCUAAAAGCGUAGUUAAAAUGAGAUUGUAUUUUAAGGGUAAAAGGUUAUAUUCAUAAUAGAAAUUGAAUAAUUAGCAAUAAAAUACUUUUAGCGGGAAUAAAUUGUUUCUUGUUUCACCGUAAAUCCUGAGAGGGAUGUGUAACAGUCGUUUUAAGAUUGUAAGGAGGAGACGUGAAAGGUAUCGAGAGAUUCUUCAGUGUAUAACUGCAAACAUUGAUUGAAGCUUAAAGCAACCAUGAGAAAUGCCUCCACAGUGUUAUCAUGUUUGCAAAAAUCGUUCUGCCUUGUUUUCCUUUAGCUUUGACCGAGGUGUGACCACAUUGUUGUGGCGAGUGAUGAAAAAUAUUUCACUCUAAAAGCGCAGUUAAAAUGAGAUUGUAUUUUAAGGGU